CUCCCGUACCACCCAGCAGGGGUGACUGCUGGCAAAUAUAAGCCUAGGACCACUGCCUCAGCGGACUGGGCAGAGGCGGCGGGCAGGGUAUUGGACAGUCCUUGACAGAGAAGGAAAUGAGAAAAACAUCAAAUAAUGGGAACAUGAAGAUGGCAUACCCCCUGGGGCUGUUUGUGUGCCUGUUCAUUUAUGUUGCCUACAUCAAGUGGCACUGGGCCUCUGCCACCCAGGCCUUCUUCAGCAUCACUGAGGUGGCUGCGGGGUCACACAGAAACCAGCAAGUCCACAGCCCCAGUGGGACAUCAGGGCAUGACCAGGAGGUCUUCUAUGGAAUCAUGUUCGAUGCAGGGAGCACUGGUACCCGCAUACACAUCUUCCAGUUUGCCCAGAAACCUAGAGAAACUCCCACCUUGAUCCAUGAAACCUUCCGUGCACUGGAGCCAGGUCUAUCUGCAUAUGCUGAUGACAUUGAAAAGGUCAAAGACGUGUUUAAGGCCUCGCCUUUCCUUGUUAUGGAGGACUGUGUCUCCAUCAUGAACGGAACAGAUGAAGGUGUCUCCGCCUGGAUUACAGUCAACUUCCUGACAGGUGCAUGCACCCACCUAACUGUGAGACUGAUCAUUCUCAGAUGUCGGCAUGUGUGGCUCGUGGCAGGAAGAGAUCAAAACAGGAAACCUUCCUUCACACUCCUUUGUUCCCACAGCUACCUGGGGCUUGGACUGAUGUCGGCCCGACUCUUGCUCUUGGGAGGUGUGGAAGGCCAGCCUGCUAAGGAUGGAAAAGAGCUGGUCAGCCCCUGUCUGCCUGCUGGCUUCAAAGGAGAAUGGGAGCAUGCUGAGGUUACAUACAAAAUUUCUGGAGAGAAGGCAGCAGCCAACUCCUACAAGCUAUGUGCCAACAGAGUGUCAGAAAUCCUUCGAAACAAAGUGCACAAGACAGAGGAAGUGAAGCAUGUGGAUUUCUAUGCAUUCUCAUACUAUUAUGACCUUGCUGCAGAAGUCAAUCUCAUUGAUGCAGAGAAAGGAGGCGACUUGGUGGUUGGAGACUUUGAGAUUGCAGCCAAGUAUGUGUGCCGGACGAUGGAGACUCACACACAGAGUAGCCCUUUUGUGUGCAUGGACCUCACUUACAUCAGCUUCCUGCUCCAAGAAUUUGGGUUUCCAGAGAACAAAGUACUGAAGCUAACUCAGAAGAUUGGUGACGUUGAGACCAGCUGGGCUCUGGGGGCUAUUUUUCAUUACAUCGACUCCCUGAACAAACCCAAGGACCCCACCAACAAAUAGCAUCCCAGUUCCUGGAUGUGAGCUGCCUCACCCUCCCUGUAAGCACUCAUGUGUCCUGGAUGCCCUCACACAAAUGGCUGCCGUCUUCAACAGGGCCAGACACCUUUGUGAACUCUGUCCCCGGCCUGAAGCAGGCUCAGUUCUUAAUCACUGCAAUUCUGUCAUAGGCAUGUUGGAGAGGGGGGCAUGAUGGUGAGGACUGAAACCCAGUGUAUCUCCCUCCAAGAACUGGAGUCUAGAGGGCAGAGGUCACCCAGCCUCAGCACCUUGCUUUGAUACACUGCCUUUAGGUGGGCAUUGGCCAUAGUUCUAAGCCUGUGUGAGGCAAGGGAGCUAUAAUCCUAGCCUUUUGAGGUGAUAGGCAACCACAUUGUGCCCUCUGUUCCCCAGGGAAUUUGAUGAAAAGCAGUGAGCUCUUGAAUAUUCAAAUGGUAACCUCUUCCUUAGGUGUAGAUUGGUGUGGGGUUAACUAAGUGGCUGCCACUCUGAAUCAAGGAGAGAGAAGCUAGACCUGAGCUCCUCCUCACCUCCGCCUCAGUGAGAGUACGGUUCUCCUGCAAGGCAAUGCUGAGUCAAUGCUGUGAGACCUCUGAGUUAUUGCUACUGCACCCUCCCAGACCUCUGUGCUGGGGUGCUCGGGUGCUCCUGAAUCUGGGUUCACUGGCUACUCUGAACCACAUGUGCAGCCAGGCCAGGCAGAAUUAAGAGCCCUAGGGCUCAGGCCGCUUAGUACACCCUGGCUCAGACUCUCACUGCCUUGGCCUUGGGGCACUGCCUGACCUCUAUACUUGCCCACGCUCUGCACUCCUUUGGCCUGUCAUAGGGAGACUUCUUCCUUCCCUUGUUCUUAACUGUGACUCGGAUCCUUACUGCCAUGUCCGUACCACUUACACAGUGAAUAUAUAAUGUGAAAUAAACUGGACAAUGUGUCAUCCACCCAAAAUAAAAGGUUUACAACACUUUA